AUGGCGAUUCCAAGGGUCCAAGCUGCCGUACUUGCCUCAGAGACAGGAGGACCCGAAGUCAUGCAAUACAAGACUCAUGCACCAGUUCCCGAACCUAAAUCUGGCGAGGUCUUGAUCAAGAAUACUGUUUCGAGCAUCAAUUACGUUGAUACAUACUUCAGAACAGGCUUCUAUCCCUCUACAAAGCCUGAAAUUCUUGGUCGAGAAGGCGCUGGUGUGGUGAUGGCUCUAGGUCCAAACACCGAACAAUAUGACAUCCACGUUGGCGAUCGUGUGCUUUGGCUAGGAACAUCAGGAUACGCGCAGUACACGGCGGUACCGGCACUGAAGACGUUGAAGCUGCCAGAUGCGGUUUCGGAAGAAGUUGCUGCUUCUUGCGGUCUUGCGGGCCUGACAGCACUUACUCUCGUCGAAGAGUCAUAUAAAGUUGAAGCGAACCACUGGGUGAUGCUGCAUGCCGGUGCUGGCGGUGUGGGCAUUCUUUUGACGCAGAUCCUCAAGGACAUUGGGGCAAAGAUAAUUGCCACGGCGGGUGGACCAGAGAAAGUCGCGCUGGUCAAAGCGCUGGGAGCAGACCAUGUCAUUGAUUAUCGCAGCGAGGAAGGCAAGGAUUGGCCUAAGUUGGUCAAAGAGAUAACGGGUGGUAGGGGAGUAGACGUGGUAUAUGACUCGGUGGCAAAGGAUACCUGGGAAGGUAGCUUGGAUGUGGUCAGGCGGAAAGGCACAGUUGUCUGGUAUGGCAAUGCUAGUGGCCCCGUGCCUCCCUUGACAUUGCAGUAA